ACCACGAAAUGCUCCCGAUUGGUCAGAGCGGAGGAGUUCCGAACGUACCUACUGGUCAGAGUGGUGGGAUUUCCGCCAUGUGCAUUGGUCAAAGCAGUGGUGGGGCACCUGUUGGUCAGCAGACUUACGUUCAGCCUGUUGCUAUGGCAACGCAAGUCUCACCAGGUGUACCACAGCAGUAUUCUCAGUCAUACCAUUCAGAUGGAUCACAGAUCGCGCCAAUGGCCCCUUCCCAGUCCUGCGCAACCCCAGUCUCGCCCCAAGCACAGCUUAACAUUCUUCCAGCUCCCAUUUCAGUGGGAGACCCAACAGGACUAGUGGGAGUUGGUGGCAUGGAGGCCAUGGUCCCUCUCCCACAACAGACCCAGGCCAAUGUCACCCCUAACAUCAUGCAGGCCUCUGACAUCCAGAUGACACCCCAGCCUUUAACCCAGCAAGCACAGCCUUUCAUGAUUACCCAACAGCAGACCAUUGUUCAACAACAGCAGGUACUGAUGGAGCCACAGCAGCAGCAAAUGGAGGCUCAACAAACCACCCUGCUUCAGCAGCAACAACUACACCAACAACAACAGGCCAAUGUAAUUCCCCAGAAGGCGGUACUGAUACAGCAACAUAUAGAACAACAGCAGCAGACUAUAGCAAUCCAACAGCAGCAAACUACUGAGCUUCAGCAGCAAGUGUAUGUGCAGCAAGCUUUGGUUCAGCAGCAGCAGCAACAGCAUCCUCAGCAGCAGGCCUUACUACCACAACAACAAUCAAUGGACCAACAGCAGCAACAACAACAGGCAUUGUCAUUACAGCAAGUGGAUCAAACCCAAGCCUAUGUGCAACCACCGCUAAACGACCUACAACAGCAGCAACAACUGCAACAGCAGCAAACAUUGUUACUACACCAGCAGCACCAGAUUGAACAUCAGCAACAACAACAAGCGAUGUUACUAGAACAACAACAGCAAGUGUACAUACAACAGCAGCUUGAGCAACAGCAGCAACAGGCGUUGCUACAAAAGCAACAACAGGCACGACUACAACAGCACCAACUGGAGCAACAGCAAGCGCUGUUACAACAGCAAAUAUUUGAGCAACAGCAGCAGCAAGCGAUGUUACAGCAGCAGCAACAAGAGCAGCAGCAACAGCAAGCCUUAAAGCAACAGCAACAACAGGCGCAACUACAGCAGCAACAGCUGGAGCAACAGCAAGCGCUGUUACAACAGCAGCAGUUCGAGCAGCAGCAAGUGCUCCUACAGCAGCAACAACAACUGGAGGCUCACCAAGCGAGCCAGAUCCAACAACAACCAGAAAUGGAUCUACAACAGCAGCAAUCACUGCAUCAACAACAGCAAGCUGUGCUGCAACAACCGACCCAACUACAACAACAGGCGGUGGUCAGUCAUCCAAUCGACUCACAGCAAGCUGUGCUAAAGCAACAGUUGGAACAACAGCAAGCCCUGCUACAACAGCAACAGCUUCAGCAGCAACGAGCAGUUUUACAGCAACAGCAAUUGGAGCAACAGCAACAACAGGCACAACUGCAGCAGCAGCUGGAGCUACAACAGCAGCAAGCUUUGUUACAACAACAGAUCGAGCAACAACGGCAACAGCAGGCGUUGCUACAACAACAACAAGCAGAGAGACUGCACCAACAGGCUUUGCUACAACAGCAGCAGCAACAGAUUCAACAACAGCAAGAGACUGGGCAAUCGCAGCAGCAAAUCGCCAAUAUUCAAUUACAACAAAGCGAGAAACAAGAGACCACUUUGAUUCAGCAACAAUGUGAGCAGUUGCAAGCUUUGAUUCAACAGCAACAAAUUGAUGUGUGUUUGUUGCAACAACAACAACAACAACAACAACAGCAAAACACUGCUAUGUUUCCAACUAAUCACGCUAGCCUAACGCAGCAGCAAGUGACAGAACAACAGCAAGUAUUGCUGAUACAACAGCAACAGCAGCAGCAGCAACAAGCUGUAUUACUGGAGCAACAACAACAAGCGUAUGUUGUCCAGCAACAACAGCAGGGCCAUCAGAGCUCUGUCGUUGAACCUCCGCCUCAGAUCCCCCUUGUAGCCCCAACCCUAUCAACAGCAGAGGUUAUACAGGCCAUGCAGGUCCAAGCUCAGAUGGCUGCCCAAGCCCAGGGUCAGGGAGCCAAACCUGUAGCCAUUCAGCCACAGAUUCCCAGCCAGGCUCCACUGGCUGUAGUGCAAGCCCAUGCCCAAGUCCUGGCCCAGAUUCAAGCUCAGAAUGAAGCUCACCCUCAGAGCCCGGGCCAUUUCCCAGUCCCAGUACUCCAGGCCCGGCCCCAGCCUCCACUCAAAGCCCAGCCCCAGAUGAUCGAUGUCCAGAUUCCACCUCACGUGGUGGCCCCGAUCCAGGCACCAAGUCCUCCGAUCCCUAUCCAGUCCCAGGCUCCUAUAGUACAGGCUAUCCAUCAAAUCCCAGCUCAAAUACAGGCCCAGGCUCCAGUGCAGUCUCUCAUCCAGCAGACUCCCCAGAAUCUGCAUCCAACCCAAGUUCUGAAUCAGACUCCGAUUCCAGCAGUUGUUGAGACUCAGAUGAUGCCUCCUAUGAGGCAGAGUCCAGCUCUGGUCCAACCCCAACCUCCAGUCUCAAUAACCCCCAUGCACAGCCAGAUCCAAGCCCAACCCCAGCACGAGUCUCCAGUGCAGCCCAGUGUUCAGCUCCCAGGUCUAGCGCAGCCUCUACACCGCCCCCAUGCUCCAGCUGUACUACUGGCACCGCAGUAUGUCACUGCACCUCAGCCCACCCAACAGCAAGCCAUACAGCCAGUCCUGCAACAACAACAUCAGGACAUCACACAACAAGUUACCCAACAACAGCAGCAGCAGGUACUGUUGGAGCAACAGCAGUCCAUGGUGCAGUACCAGCAGAUGAUGCUGUCUCCUGGAUCUGUUGGAACUGUCAUGGCGGCCCCUGCCUCCACAGUCAUAGACCCUACCACCUUGGUCUCUGCUUCGCCUCAACACAUACAACAACAGACUGGGCAAGUGUAUAACCAAGGCCAGCAGGUACAGCUACAACCACAGGUACAGCCUGUCCCACAGCCACAACAGCAGCAGCUGCAAGUAACAGGAAGCCCAGCUGUGGUGCAGCCGUUAAACCAACCCAUACCUCAGGCCCAGUCUAAAUCUAUGCUGCCUCAACCCAUCCCCAUGGAGCAAUACCAACAGCAACAGCUGGUGCAACAGGUUCCACAAGUCGUACAACAGAAACAGCCACAGCAGCUUCAGGCUCAGACAACCCCAGCCCCAAUUCAGCAGGCUCUGCAGUCUCAGCAUCAGCAAGUCUCAAUUCCCGACCCAAGUCAACUGGCUUAUCAGCUUCCUCAGAUCCCCCCACAUCUGUUGCCCCAGCAGCCUACUGUUAACCCAGCACAGACAGCAUCCCCCAGUAACGUGCCCCAGCUCGGGACUCAGACUAGAGCCCUACCCUUGUACAGUCAGGUAGUAGCAGGAGCAGGAGGUCCGCCACCAUCCCCCCAGCACCAAGCUCAGCUGACACAGCCGCUACCCACCCACACACACACCCAGAUGGCCAUGCAAGCUCAGGCACACACCCAGACCCAGAUCGCUGAGGCUGCAUUGGCGGACUCCACCACCGAGCAACAGCCCCCUCUGAAUCCUUCCCAGGCUACUUCCCUCCCUCUUCCACAGAUGCCCCCCAGUCAUUCUCAUACAUCGUCUCACCCCCACCCUGCCUCCCUGCCACCCCUCCAUCCUGCUACCCCUGGCCCAGAGACUCAGCCCACCCCACCAGAGAGCCAACUAACCCUGUCUGGCCUGGCUGAUGCCCCCUCGGGCCCGACCUCUCCCCCGGCUGUUGCCGCCACUGCCCAGCCCCUUGACUCUAACGCCCCCUCGCUGCUGCACCCCACCUCAACCUCGCUCCAAGACUGUGACCCUGCUCUGCUGGGCAUUGCUCAGGAGAGUCCAAACCAGUCUGGCACAGAGAGACACUCCUCUUCAGGUGCUGUUCCAGCCAAUGGGGAUGGGGAUCUACAGAUGUUGUUAGCCAAUGGAAAACUAGAGAGGGUGAAGUCUCAGAGGAGAUUGUCCUAUCGGGGGGCAGAAAAAGGAUCACAUGCAUUUCAACUGAGUAUGAUCCAGGUGUCCGGCUCUGGGGACAACAUGGUGGAGUGUCAGCUGGAAACCCACAGCAACAAGAUGGUCACCUUUAAGUUCGACACUGAGGGAGACGCACCUGAAGACAUCGCAGAUUACAUGGUGGAGGAGGAUUUUGUCCUUGAGUCAGAGAAAGAUACAUUUGUGGAAGAGCUGAGGUCCAUUGUCAAGAGAGCUCAGGAAAUUCUCCUCGCACAUCAACAGACUGGAUCUAUGGAACAGCUGCAUGUGAGCUCUCCAACAGGCACAGCAAUGGACUGGGCGCCUCAGUCGUCUCCGGUGGGCAGAUGGAGGUUCUUCAUCAACCAGACCAUCAGACACAGAGACUCCACGUCCAACCAGGGAGGAGCGUCCACCCCUCCACCUCUCUCGACCGGAGAGGUCAGGGUGCCCCAGUCUACAGACACUGACAGAGAGGGGGGCGGAGGAUCCCAGAGAUCGGACUCCUCCUUCGCUGGAAUGGUCUCCUCUCCUCCUCCCCGCUCCACGUCCACCCUGUGUGUCCCUGCCACCGCCUCCUCCCCCCCUGCCUCCGCCUCCACCGUUUCUGCCCCUGCCUCCAUGUCUGCCCCCCCAGCCUCUGCUGCCCCCGCUCCUGACACGACUGCCUCUGCUGCCUCUGACAGUAGGGUUUCCGCCCUGACGUCUAGUCUCGCUAGUGCAGUUGUUGCCUCAGUCCCACACCCAGUCCCCGCUGCCUCGGCUGGCCUAGGCCUAGACCUGCAGGCUUCCAUUGACCAAACUUCCAGUGCCACCACAGCAACAUCCUCCAUCCCAACCACCGCUGCCAACCUCCCAGUCCCUACCAUGGUAGCUGCUUCUGCCACCAUCGCGACCACUACCACCCCCUCUCCAACUGAAGCUCUGACCUCCCCAGCUACUAGUGGGGGCUCUAUGGUGAGCCAGGGCCAAGGACCAAGCCUGGGUGAUGUAGUAAAGGUGGCCACCCUAGGACAGUGUGUGUCUGGAGGGGACCACUCAUCCACUGGCUCAAUCCACCCUCCAGUGGCUGUGGCUGCAGCCGUGACCUCUCCUCCUGUUAGCCGUGCCGGUCUGGAGCAGCAGCAACAAACUCUGCCUCAGAUGCAGUGCAUAGCAGCCCAGGCUCAGCCUCAGGUCUGGUUACAACAGCAACUCCAGACAGUGCAACAGGUACAGCAGCAGCAACCGCUCCUAGAACAUCAGCAACAACAACACCUGAAGACUGUGCAACUCCAACAGGUACAGCAACAACAGCAAGAGUACCAAGAGCAGAUACAACUGCAGCAGCAGAAGCAGCAACACACAUUGCAACAAUCUAUUCAACAGUUGCAGAUGCUGCAACAACUACAGCCACAACAACAGCAGCAGUCUGAGGUACAUUUGCAGCCCCAGCUCAGUCACACAGAGCCGUUACAACAACAGUGUAUGUCCCUGCAAUCACAGACAGAGAUGUUGCCGCUGGCACUACAACAACAGACUCAGAAAAUGCCUGUCCAAAUGCAGAAUGCAAAGUACAACGCACAGUUAAACAUGCAACAGCUACACCAGUUGCCACCACCACAGCAAAAACAACCAGUCAUUUCACAGCAACAGGCAGCGAUUGACUUGCAGCCACAGCAUCAGCAACAGUUAGCUCUGCAACAAGCACUGCAUAUUCAGCAGCAACAGCAAAUGCUCCAACAACAGCAGCAACAACAACAACAGCAGCAGCAACAACAGCAGCAGCAACAGCAGCAACAACAGCAGCAGCAACAGCAAAUGCUCCAACAACAGCAGCAGCAACAUCAGCUGUCAGUGAACCAACAGUAUGUCCAACAACAAUCAGUACAGCCACUAAACAUGGCGCUGGUACAACAGCAAGCUCAACAACUCCCUCUAGAACAGACACAACAACUAGUACAGCAACAUCAGCAGCAGCAGCAACAACAAAAACAACAAGAGGUUAACCCUCAGCAGCCGCAGGUGCCCCAGCAGGCUCCUCUCCAGAAGCAGCCGUCAUUACAACAGUCAGAGUGGGAGAGGUCUACAGAGGAGGACAGUGUGACAGAGGAUACAGGCAGUCACUCUGCCCCUCUACAUCCCUCCUCAGACGUAUCUCUGCCCCCUCUGCCCCUCAACAUUAACACAACCUCUGAUGCCCCCCUACUGCCCCUCUCCCUCACCCUGACCCCAUCCCCAGUCCAACCAUCCUCUGUGGCCGAGUCGGACAGCGAGGGCCCUCCCAAAAUCGAGUUUGUAGACAACCGCAUUAAGACUCUGGAUGAAAAGCUGAGGAACUUGUUGUAUCAGGAGUAUAGUAGUGGGGCAGCUGUGACGGGGGGAGCUGCUGUGGCUUCUACCGCAGGUGCCACCGCAGUGUCAGCAGCGUCUACAUCGGCAGGAGGGGAUGAAUCCUCGGAGCCGCACUCGCUCCAACCCUCCUCCUUCCCUUCUCCCGUGUUGUCCUCCUCAGACACCUCUCCUCACUCCUCCUCCUCCACCACCUCCCGCUCCUCCUCCACCUCUCCUGACCUGGAAAGAGGGAGAGGAGUGGGGGAGGAGGCUCCACCAGCAAACCCGGUGGAGCAGCAGCCCGGCCCGUCUCUCUCCUCCGCCUCCCUCGCUUCCUCCCUCCUUGCCUCCCCACACGGAGACUCGGCCGGGCACCCGCCUAUCCCUGGAGAACUCACCGUUUUUGCUGCCCCCCCUCACUCUGACACCAGUACCCCAGGAGAAGUCACUACGUGGCCCCCAAAUCUGCACCCCAUCCCCCUGGGCCCUGGAUCGCCGCCACAGCACAAUGCAGGAGGUGGAUAUUUUGGCCUAAACCUGACAUGUCCUAGUAUCAGAAAUCCCGUUAGCAAGAAAUCCUGGACUCGCAAAUUCAAAAGCUGGGCGUGCAAACUGCGCCACUCCGCCAGCUCGUUCAAGAAGCCCAGAGUCCAGCAAGACGGUCACUCUAGUGGCAGUCAGGCAGUCAGAGAGGAGAGAGAGGGGGCUUCCUCCAACCCUCCUCACUCACUCAAGGGACGAUUUCAGGUCACCGCAGUGCCCCAGCCCCCUGAGGCCUCUCCCCUCAAGGAGGCAGCCUGCGGUACGGGCAGCAGCCACAGGAAAGUGGGGCGCUUCUCUGUGACCCAGACUGAGGCCCAGAAAGAGGAGAAAGAACUGACGGACAGCUCCCCUGUGUCUCCUGACCUGGAGAGAGAGAGGAGGAGGACCCGAGGGAAGGAGGGAGAGAGGGAGGAAGGGAAGAGGACUCCAGCACUGAGCCACCCACCCCGAGGACAUGGUCAUGGGCAUGGUCAUUCUCCCCUGGGCAGUAGCGAUGAUGAGGAGAGUGAGAUGGAGGAUGAAGACCUGAGGAAGGAGCUGCACACGCUGAGAGAGAAGCACAUCAAGGAGGUGGUGUCCCUCCACGCUCAGCAGAACAGACAGCUCCAGGAGCUGUACAGACAGCUGCGCUCCCUCAAAGACCACCGGCAGACCCUGCCCCGCACCCCACCCUUCCCCUCAGGGUCCCCAGCCCUCUCCCCCCGCAGGCCCAGGCAGGCCAAAGCCAAGCUCCGGCCCAGGCCCCACAUGGACAACAAUGUACUCGCUGGUCACCCCGGUAUACAACAGUCCAGUAGUUUCUCAGGGGGAGAACAGAGAAAACUGCCGCCAUACUGCAACCCAGAACAAACCACCCUACUGACUACCAAAAGAGACCACAGUCCUCCCUACCAGGGUGCCAGAAAGAGCAUGUUCACAGAUGACUUGCACAGACUGGUUGAUGAUUGGACGAAAGAGACAGUGGGUCCCGCCGCUCCCAAGCCCUCGCUCAAUCAGAUCAAGCAGAUUCAGCAGGUGCAGGAGUUGGGAGGGUGGCCACAGGCCACAGAGGUGGCUCCUCCUGGUUGGUUCCCUGUGGCACCACUGAACCCCCAGGCCUCCCCAGCCCCCUCCAGCCUCACUGCUCCAACCCCAGCUCAGUACACCACUGGGGGGAGCCUGAGCCAGUGGAGAGGGGUGGGGGGACCACCAGGACCACAACAACAACAAACACACAUGCCUCCAGUCCCUCAGCUGCAGCAAAGUUUACAUCUCCAGCAAGCCCAGCCUACUCACCCAUUACAGAUACAGCCCCUAAUCCAGACUCCACUACUGUCUCAGUCCCUGUCUCCCGUAGAGCCACAGACAGGGCAACAACAGAUACCCCAGCAGCCCCAUUUAGGUGUAGGAGCCCCACCUCCAAAUCAGAAUAAACCUCUGUUGCCUUCCCAGGUGUCCCCGUCAUCUCAGCUGGCCCUAGCUCAGCCUGGGUGUCUGAUUCCUGGGUCUAGCAACAAUGCGGUAGUGGAGCCCAUAGACACUGGCGCUGCUCCUGCUGCUGCUGUUUCUGCCUCCGGUGGCCCCGGGGGGACAUUGUGCUUCUGCUCCUCCUCUUCCUCCUCUUCCUCCUGCUCCUCCUCCUGCUCUGCUGCUGCUCGACCAUCCAGUGCCAAACUUCACCCCACGCCCCCAACCUCCACUCUUCCUCUGGGACAGCAGUAAAAAGAAAAUGAGAGGGGAAGAGUGUUAGAUUAGGAUGGAACGAGGGAAGUAGAAAAAAGAUGGAGAUGAAGGAUGUGCAAAAACCAUGUGGAAAGUUUGAGAUUGUGUAUGUUAUGAGAGGUAACGUCUGACAAUGAGAAAAUGGACGCCAUUAUAUUUGUAAAGAUGAGAUGGGAAGUGAAUGUGAGAGAUGGUUGAGUCUAUGUAGACAGAGUAUGUACAGACAGAGGUCAAUAUGGAACUCUGGGGGGGUGUGUUUGAGAUGUACAAAAUUAGGUAAUGUGUGUGUGUGCGUGUUUGUUUGUGUUGCCAUUAAUUCCCUCAGUACGUAUUCCUUGUGUGUUUUGACACCAAGUAACGGCCAUGUUAUUUUUAAAAUCCAACUAAGUUUGACCCAGAACUCUUCCUCCCAAGCUGAGACAUGAAGGAACACAAAACAUUGACAUUAUUAUGCAUUGACAUAUAUUUUUUUUGUUUUUAUUUGUCAAUGCUUACUUAUAUCGAAAAGGACUAUGAAUUUUAAAAGUGCAAUUAGUAACUGUCAUCUAAAUUGUAUCAUCCUGUGAUGUCCUGAUUUGUCUGUGGUGGCGUUUAACCAAAUAAUUUUGUAGAAGCACGUUAACAACCAAACAUUUACGCAUUAACUGACCUCUUACAUGAGUAUAGCACAAAUGUUUCAACAGGCUACCAAUGAGAUAUAAAGCAGGUGCAACAACAGCAUGUUACAGUAACACCACAGAGCAUGGUAAUAGUGGUGCUACCUGGCUAUUAUCACUACCACAAUGCCACUAAGCACACUGUUGUACAGUGUAGUGCACGGGCAAGGCAUGUACUUUGUGGAUUAUCAUUUUUUACAUUGAUAAAAAGUGUCAAUCAGUAGAUUAAAGAAGAUUUUAAAUAACAUGUUGAGUAACAUGAUUAAAUUGUGAUCAAUAUAUGCUGAUAUUUUGAUUUAAUUGAUGAAUAUGUUCAGUGAGCUUUCAUUGAAUAAACACUCAUCAAAACACUAAGACUGCAUGACCUUACGGCUACAAUGUACCUUGACUUGUCGGAAAUCUGCUUGCACUUGUGCUUAUAUUUCUCACGUCUGCUGCUGUGCACAACAACAAACUCUGAGGUAAUUUAUUGAUCAGAAAUAAAUCUGUUUUAUUUGAGCUAGAAUCAAUUUGUUUUAGGGAAAUGUUGAAUUUCCUCACUACCAAUCCCUGCACUGCAUAUCAAAGGUGCAGUUAGGAAAACUGAUAAGAAAACAAACUGCCAAGUCAUUUUAUGGAAUGGGGAAACCAACUGUAUAUGGGCUGUCCUCAUAUUGCCUUUUAGAAUUAAUACUUUACUGUGUGUGUGUGACUGUUUUCUUUUGUGUGACAAAAGCUUUGUAAUAUUGCUGCACUGCAUCACAAAUCGAAUCCCCACUACUUCCAUAAAGCAGACUCUCACAUUAGUUGUUACUGUACCAGAUUGGCCCAGCGUGUCAUUGUAAAUAAGAAUUUGUUCUUAACUGACUUGCCUAGUUAAAUAAAGGUUAAAUUAAAAAAGUGUAAUUUAAAAAAAAAAAGUUUGUUAGACAGCAUUGUGAGAGCCUCACUGGGCUAUUUGUCAAGACCGAGUACUUUUUCUGGAUUUAAUUAUUAGUGAACAUUUUUGUCCUUAACAAGUUAUUUUACGUGUGAAUUACUCUUUUGUAAAUUCGACUAGAAGGAUCUGUUAAGUGCUGCAUGCACACAGCAAAAGGUUUACUGACUUCCAUUUCUCAACUUACUCCAGUGAGUGACAGAUACAGGGAUGCACAUGGACAAUGAGAUACAGUACAAUCAUCAUUGCAUUUAGCUAUACAUACAAAUCUGACCAUUGAUAAAUACAUUUUCUGAAAGCUUACUUGGUACUAUAAGUUUUACAGUUAAUGCAGUAUUUCUGUUUUUAUUUAAAUGUAUAAUGAUAGAGUUUUUCCCACAGCAAAGAGGAGAUUGUAGAGCAUAUGUGAAAUACUGCUUCAUAGUGAGCUGAAAACGCACUAAAACUACUGAAAGUGGAAGGAGGAAAAACAAAACAUCCAAAUUCCUUUUGGGGAGCUAAAACAGUUGGUGCUUAAAGUUGUUCACAAACUAAACACUUUACCAAUUGCAUAUGAAUAUAUAGUUUAACAUAAUGGUUUUCAGUAUUUAUGUUUUAUUUUUAUGAGACAACCCACAUUUUCACAGUAAUAUAGUUUAAUAUUAUUAGUGGAGGGGAGGAAGUUACUGUGCUGUCAAGUCAAUACUAACAUGUUGACCAUAUGUCACAGCUUUGAUGAUAUUCAUGAAAAGGAAAUGUGGAACUCGCCCUGAUGUGUUACCAAAAUGUAAUCUAAAGGAAAAAAAUAUUAUUUUUGUAUUUUGAAAUGGGGUUGUACAAAAUGUAAAAUCGUGUCCUGAUCAGUAUUUUAAAAUAUAUCUGAGGUUAUCUGACACUAGAAAACAUUGCUUCUCAUCUCUGUUGGAGUCCCCCCAGGAUAUAUUAUAUUCCUCUCAGACUUUGUGUUGAAACAGAGUAAUAGCUACAUCAUGUUUCAAUUGUGAGAGGUUUUGUCAGUAUGGUUCUAAUCAUAGAGAUAUACUGUAUCAACUUGUUUUUAUCUCUACGGAAACUUGAUUCACUGGACAAACAAUGAAACACCGUCAAGAGGUAGGCCUAGACUACCUUUAGGCCAUUGGGCUCAUCUAACACACACUUGUCCUGAUAUUACACCUGACUGAGAACCAAUGAUUUAGAAGGACAUUUAAAUACAAAAACCUAGAAAUAAAACAUAUGUUUCUGGUGAUUUAACCUCUGUAAUAUUGUAACUAAUUCAAUUGUUGAUUUUAUUUAUGUUUUUGUAACUAAUCAAAAUAAAUGGUGUUAAACAUCAAACUGUUAA